ACCUUAAAUUCUUUUAGGUUGCUUCUCCCCUCUGCCUGUUUAAGCCCAUCUUCAUCCUGUUGUCCUACACAACAGACAAGAAACCUCUACUUUCUCUUCUCUGUAUAAAAACAAACACAAUCCAGCCAGCCACCAAGAACAAUAUUCCCACCCCACCCACCCCCCUCCCCCUCCCCCUCCCAAAGAAAAGAAAAACAAUGGAAGAUUACCACUUCCAUUUGUUAUGGCUUCUUCUCCUCUCAUAUAUUCUGUUUGUUUUUGUGCUGAAAGCUGUGGUUCAUCUGUGGUGGGCACCAAGAAGAGUUGAGAAUUUCUUCAUGAAACAAGGGAUCAAAGGGCCCAAAUACCAGCUCUUCUUGGGGAAUUUGAAGGAAUUAGCCAGCUUGAAUUUGAUGGCUUCUGCCCAAUCCAUGCCCCCUCUCUCUCACAACAUACUUCCUAGAGUCCUCUCUUUCUACCAUCAUUGGAAGAAGAUUUAUGGUUCCAUGUUCCUAGUGUGGUUCGGGCCAACAGCUAGGCUCACAGUUUCUGAUCCAGCCCUCAUCAGAGAGAUCUUCAUCUUGAAAUCAGAGCUGUUUGAGAAGAAUGAGUCACCCCCACUGGUUAGGAAAAUCGAAGGCGAUGGCUUGCUCAGCCUCAAGGGAGAGAAGUGGUCUCACCACAGGAAGAUCAUCCAACCAACUUUCCACACAGAGAAUCUCAAGUUAAUGAUGCCAAUGAUGGCCAAGAGCAUGGAAGCAGCAGUGAUGGGAUGGAGUGAGGAAAUGUGCAAUGCUGGGAAAGUGGAAGUAGAGGUAUCAGAUUGGUUCCAGAAUCUGGUGGAGGAUGUCAUCACAAGAGCCACUUUUGGCAGAAGCUAUGAGGAAGGGAAAGCCAUUUUCGAGCUGCAAUCUCAGCAGAUGGUCCAUGCCACUGAGGCCUAUCAGAAGGUCUUCAUCCCUGGCUACAGGUUCCUGCCGACUAAAAAGAAUAGAAUAUCUUGGAGACUGGAAAAGGAAAUUCGGAAAUCGUUGCUGAAGCUCAUCGAUGGAAGGCGGGAGGAGGGGUGUCAGGGGGUGUCAGACGAAUGUCCUAACGAUUUAUUGGAAGUGAUGAUAAAGGCGAGCGUGAGGGACAUGAGCGGCGACGAAUCGGCGGUCGCGAUCACGCCAAACGACGUCGUCGAGGAGUGCAAGACCAUCUUCUUCGCCGGGAAGCACACCACCGCCAACCUGCUGACGUGGACGACCGUGCUGUUGGCCAUGCAUCCCCAGUGGCAGGAACAGGCACGUGAGGAGGUCCUGAGGGUGUGUGGAGCACGUGAUUCCCCUACUAAAGACGAUCUCCCUAAGCUCAAAACGCUGGGAAUGAUCCUGAACGAAUCACUGAGGCUGUACCCGCCAGCAGUGGCAAUAAUCAGACGGGCCAAGAGGGAUAUGCAGCUGGGUGGGCUCCACAUCCCCCGGGCCACGGAGCUCCUGAUCCCCAUCCUAGCCGUCCAUCACGACCCGGCCCUCUGGUGCCACGACCCGCACGAGUUCAACCCGGCCCGCUUCGCCAAGGGCGUCGCCCACGCCGCCAAGCACCCCAUGGCCUACAUGCCAUUCGGCUUGGGCGCGCGCCGCUGCGUCGGCCAGAACCUCGCCAUCUUCCAAGCCAAGCUCGCCAUCGCCAUGAUCCUCCAACGCUUCUCCUUCCAGCUCGCCCCCACUUACCAGCACGCGCCCUCCGUGCUCAUGCUGCUGCACCCGCAGCACGGCGCUCCCAUCGUCUUCACUAAAUUAUAGAAAUACCCAUAAAUUAUUAUUAUCAAAAUUUUAUAAAAGGAAUAUCUAGGGUGAAGCUGUUUGGAGUCACAUCAAAAUUUUCCACUAAUUAGGGGGUGGGUGUUUAGAAUUUUUCAAAAAAAUCUUUUUUUUUUGGGCGCCUCUGCUUCUUCUAACUUAGGAUGGUGAGUGUUUGGUAGGAUUCCAUCUAACCCUUUUUUCAUGUGUUAGGUUGUUUUAGUUGAAAUGUUUCUUCGAGUUUGCAUUUUGCAGCAGCUCCGCCCUCAAAUUUACUAGGGUGAUGGCUACUUAAGUUGGUGUUAGGUCAUUUUAUCAAGUAUUGAUGAAGUGAUCAAGAAAAAAAAUGUGUAUCUUCUAUCCUUUGUAUUUCGAAUAUGUAAAUUCUUGGUCUAUGGUUGUACACAUCUUGGCUUUUAGUAAUUACUAUAUUGGCAUUUCAGAUGUCUGCCCUUCUCCAUCAA